UUCCUCCCCCUGCGCGAGUCUAGUGCGCGAGCCGCGAGAGAGGAAAAGAGGCAGAGCCCUCCGCUACCCUCUCCUCUCCCCUCGCAGAGAGAGAGAGGGGCCGAGGGGGAGAAGGGGGAAAAAUAAGAGAAAAACAAAAUCCUAGGGCUUCCCCCUCGAUCCUCUCCGCGAUUGCCCCACCGAUUCGUCCAAUCCAAUGCCGCACGCCUCGAGGCCCUCCAAUCCCCCGGCGGCGGCGGCGGCCGCCGCCACCGGCGGCACCGCAAAGAAUGUGAGCAGCAAGACUGGCCACUCCACCCCAUCUUGCAGCGCACCUGCUUAUAAGUCAUUUCGCCCUGUUACUCGUUCUAUGACCUGUGUGCCUGCUCCUAUCUCGGCUUCACCUGACUUGAAGGAAGAAGGAUCUGCUAGCAGGAGCUCCCGUAGAAGUAUUUCAGAUGCUUCUUUCAGCAUUCAAUCAGCUGCGUCACGGCCAACUGUAACUAAUGCCCGGACCCCUUAUAAAGUGACUUCAUCUGGUUGGAAGCCUCUUAAUCAGCCUGUUGCUCUGAGUGAAGAGCGAAAAUGUGCAAGUCUUACUACUGCUAAGCGGUCCAGAGUUGCUUCCUCCCGAGCUGUCAAAGAUUCGGCCAAUCAUUCAGCUUCCAAAGCUAACUUAAAUGUUCCAAUAGGCAAAAAGUACCGAGAUGAAAACAUGAGCCAGGGCGAUCAGUUGGAUGGGGCAGUCAUGCCAUCUCCUCCAAAGAAGCUACAAACAUACAAAGACCCUUCAGAUUCACCUUCAAUAAGGAAAUCAACUAUCAGAAUCCUGGGUGGCCAAAGCGCUACUCCACUUCCCACAGGGAAAUCUGUAGUUGAGACUGUAAAGAAUCUUGCUAGUAUACCAGCAAAAGUGGUUUCUGCUAGUACAAACGACAUCAGUCAGUCAGUUCCAUUGCUUGCACAGCAGCAGCAACCUGACACAGCAAAAAACUCCAGUGUCAUCACACAAACUAUUGCCAAUGAAAGGAGUCAAGUCAAUCAGUUGGCUGCUAGAGUUGUUAAAUUGCCCAGGCAAAACCUUCUAUCUGAUCAUGGAAAGAAGCCUUCCAAUGUACCCAUAGUGCCUACCCAGGUCAGUGGGUUGGCUGGAGCAACUGCUCCGUUGGUUACACCGAAGUUAGAAAUCGGAAAGGUACAAAACACUUCCAGUAUUAUGUCGAACCCUUCUUACGCUAGGGCACUUCUAAUCAAGCAGCAAGAGCGGCUGCUACAACAAUAUAAAUUGGGUACCUCACAGCACCAGGAGCAACAGCAACAACAUCAGCUCUACAUCAAAGGGCCAGCUCUGUUUGAGACUGAUGAGGCACCACCAGUCGAACCAUUGGGAACGAGGUGCCAGCUCUGCAAACUUGAUGUCGCUUUCCAGCCACAAGGGGAUGCUGGCCGUGAUGCAAAUGCUCCUCCAGUUGUCGCAGUUAUGGCAUGCCACCAUGCAUUUCACAGCAGCUGCAUUGAGUCUAUUUACGGACUUGCUGAGCCUGCCGAGUGCCUGGCCUGUGUUGAGACUGGGGCAGUGCACUGAUGACUAACAAGAAGCAUCGCUUUAGCCUGCUGGGCUAUGAAAUAGCCUUAUAGAACAAAAAAUCCUUUUAGAUUGCAUAGAGAGGGUGAGGUCUCAUCUCUAUUGGUAAGAGUUUUCUUUGGUAAAGGGGGCCUGAAAUUAGAGUUUGAUACCACAUUUCUGUUGGCUUCGGUGUAAUUAGCUAUCAUUGGAGUUUGAUAGAGAACUGAAUCAUCAGACGUGCGUUAACAGUUUUGUUGUAUGGCUAAAAUCUGCGGUCUGACCUGAUAAUCUACCAAAUCUUAUGCUA